UGUAAUUUUAACGGUUCCUCCGAAGCCACCGAGCUGAUUGUUGUGCGCGGAGAGUCCUACCCAUACGGGUACCUGACUCGGUGAACGGUGCGUGGUAUGACGCUGCAGGAAUGUGGGGUUAUGAGUCCCGCUGCCCCUCCGCCACAAUUUCUUGAGAAUCACCACCAACACACUCUUUCGCACUCUCUUGAACCAUUGCAACAUGAGUGACGCACCACCACCAGCCGCAGCUCCGAGUGAAGCCCCACAGGGUGAGGCGCCAUCCAAGAAUGCCUUGAAGAAGGCGCAGAAGGAGAAGGAGAAGGCAGAGAAGAAGGCCGCCGCAAAGGCCCGCGAAAUGGCCGACCGGACGAAAAAGGAGGCUGCCGACGCAGAGGAUGUCUCUAAAGACUCUUAUGGCGAGCUGCCUCUCACCGGCUCAAAGGACUUCAAGCCCACGGGGAUCGAACGCGUCGGCCUUGACGAGGUAGCCAGCCACGUCGACAAGGAGAUCACAUUCCGUUGCUGGGUCGAGAACGCCCGCUCCCAGUCGGCGAAGCUGGCCUUCCUGAACUUGCGCCAGAACCUCAGCACCAUCCAGGCCGUUAUUGCUGCCAGCGACGCGCUGAGCAAGCAGAUGGUCAAGUUUUGUGGUACGGUUCCUACCGAAAGUACAAUCGUUGUUACUGGACUGGUCAAGAAGGCUCCCGAGCCCAUCAAGAGCGCCUCCAUCCAGGACUACGAGAUUCACAUCAAGAAGCUGUUCAUCGAGGUCAAGGCCGAGGUGCCGCUGCCACUGCAGGUCGAUGAUGCAGAGAGGCCUCUGCCGGCUGAGACCACGGCUGAGGAGGAACAGAAGGAGGAGGGCGGUGAGCGACCGCUCGUCAGCCUCAACACUAGGCUCAACAACAGGACGAUCGAUCUGAGGGCCAAGAUCAACCAGUCGAUCUUCGUUGUCAAGAGCGGUGUGUGCGCUAUCUUCCAGGAGUUCCUGUCGAAGAAGGGCUUCACACUUGUCCAGACUCCUAAGAUCUUGGGCGCCGCUUCGGAGGGAGGCGCCAACGUCUUCGAGCUCAAGUACUUUGACCGCCAGGCUUACCUGGCCCAAUCGCCGCAAUUCUACAAGCAGAUGUUGAUCGCCUCCCGCUUCCAGAGGGUCAUGGAGAUUGGACCCGUCUUCCGUGCCGAGAACUCGAACACUGCUCGCCACCUGACAGAGUUCACUGGUCUCGAUCUCGAGAUGGAGUUCCAGGAGCACUACCACGAGGUCAUGGGCGUCCUCGAGGACCUCAUGCUGUUUAUUUUCAAGGAGCUGAAUGUACGAUACAAGCGCGAGACCGACCUCAUCCGCAGUGUCUACCACGUCGACGACUUCAAGCUCCCAGAGUCCGGCAAGGUACCCAGAAUCCCCUUCACAGAGGGUAUCAAGAUGCUGCGCGAAGCUGGUGAGGAACUCAACGACUACGAUGACUUGAGCACACCUCAAGAAAAGCACCUCGGACGUCUGGUCCUCGAGAAGUACGGCACCGACUUCUACGUCCUCGACCAGUUCCCGCUCGCGAUCCGACCCGCAUACACAAUGCCAUCGCCACACGACCCCAAGCUCUCCAACUCGUACGACUUCUUCAUGCGCGGCCAGGAAAUCUGCUCCGGUGCCCAGCGCAUCCACGACUCGGAGCUGCUGUCCAAGCAGAUGCGCGAGCACGACCCACCGAUCGACCCCAACGGCGCCGGUACAAAGGACUACGUCGACUGCUUCCGAUAUGGAUGUCCGCCCCACGCCGGAGGUGGUUUCGGCCUGGAGCGAAUCGUGCAGUUCUGGCUGGGUCUGCCCAACAUCCGCAUGUGCAGUCUGUUCCCUCGCGAUCCGCAGAGGGUUGCGCCGUAAGCAUGUCGUUGUGUGUUCAUGGGGCAGAAGUUGUGGUAGUGUGAUUAGAGA